UCAUCAAGCCCUUUGAGUAAAGUUGUGCCUGAUUCAUUAUUAUUGGACAAGGGUUUGAUGUUGUACGAAAAGAUUCAAGACAUGUGGAGGUGUUUGUAGUCAUCGGAUAAGCAGGAUGCAGCUCUGUGUGUAUCUUUCUGGAAAAAAAGCUUAUUGCUGGAGUUCAAACUUUAGAAGGAUCUCGGGGCAAAAACUUUUUUUUUUUUAUGACAGAAAAUACUCGCCUAGGAGAGGAUGAAAAAAAAAAGUGCCUACCCCUCCCCCGGAAGGAGAAGCAGUAGUCGGCUUUUUAAUAGGUUAAAAUAAAUUAAACGAUUGUCAGUUUUGGGCCUACCCUUUCUGUGCUUGACUCCGCCUUAUUGUACAGAGAAAAAAAAUAUAUAUACAUAUACACUUAGAAGAGAAAAAAAAAGAUGAAGAAAUCGCAUUCGAUAAAGAUGAAGGAACGCAAUUUACAUGGUUUCACUCGAUACCUUGCACAGCACCAAAUUGAGAUUCCUUUAAAAGUGAUCAUGUUUAUCGUUGCAGGGUACUUUCUUCAGUUACCCUUCUUCCAAAACUUUAUAUUCAUUGCAAACAAGAGAGGUGAUGGACGUUACGAGAAGAGUUUUUGGGAUUUAGCCUUCUUGUUCUUUUAUAUCUGUGUUUUUACUGCCCUUCGAGCUGCCACCAUGAACUAUAUUUUGACUCCGGCAGCUAAAUACUUUUCUGUGCCUAUCCAAAAGUAUCAGCGGUUUGCUGAGCAAUCAUGGUCUUUCCUGUAUUACACCUUUGCGUUCAUUUUCGGCAUCUAUGUCAUGAAGGAUUCACCUUGGUGGUUUGACUCCACUUAUUUUUGGCGUGACUACCCCGUCUACGAUUUCACAAAGUCCUUCAAGUACUACUAUUUGAUUCAGUUUGCAUUCUGGCUUCAACAAGUCUUUGUGUUGCAGAUUGAAGCACCCCGCAAAGAUUAUCAAGAGUUAGUCUUACAUCACAUUAACACUUUAUUGCUCGUCAGUUUCAGUUACACUUGUAAUUUCACUCGUGUCGGUAAUGCUGUGUUUGUAUGCAUGGAUUUACCAGAUGCAUUUUUGGCGCUUGCGAAAACGUUGAACUAUAUGAUGCCCGGUAUGAUUUGUAAUGCUGCGUUUGUAGUUAUGUUUAUAUCAUGGAUGUAUACACGAGUCUAUAUCUAUGGAAAGAUUAUCCUGUCGACCUUGACCGAGCCUGAAUUGUACGUGCCCGAAUUUGUCUUGGACCCAUUGAACGGACAAUGGUUCCCUCAUUUUGUAAAAUACAUUAUCGCAGGUUUGAUGAUUGGAUUGUAUUUAUUGAUUUUGUUCUGGACCUUGAUGAUUAUCAAGGUAUUUGUAAAAAUGGCUAUCUCCUCAGAGGCAAGUGAUGUGCGUUCAGACGAUGAAGAUGAGGCUGAAGCUAUUUCCAUUGAAAAGAUUGAAGGUGAUCACUCUACACCAAAACUCAAUGCUAAAGACUUAAAAGCUAAACUUCAAUAAUAACUUUAUUAUUAUUAAUUGUAACUUAUUUUUCAACACACACACACGCACACACCCCUUUUUUUUCACUUUUAAUACCUUAAAAACAACACCACCAAAAAAAAAAAAAAAAAAAAAAAAAAAAAAAAAAAAAA